UCGAUUUGGUCUUUGUUUUGUUAUUUCGAAACUAUCUUAUGUUUAAAAAUAUGUCUUAUUCUAAAGAAAUAUUGAGAAAUCUUUACUUCACAUACAACGACAACGAGCAAAGACAAAUAUAUGAUAGGAAUUGCAGCAUUUGAUUAUUCAUGGCAACUUCAAACCCAUCACAUUCUAGGAUAUCUAGUAGAGUAGACCAGUAUGAGAGACUAAGUAAUACACAUUCUAACUUACCAAGUAGAGGCAACAAUAGCAGACGAAGUGGUCAGUGGGUGAAUGGCAGACCAUCACAAUCAUGGUCACAUAACUCUCUGAGCAAUCACAAACCAGAGAAUCAGAAUGAUAUGCUUUCAGGUGAUACAAUUGAAGAGGCUAGAUUACAGUCAAUGCAUAUACCUAUACAUGCAGCUGCAUAUGAUGGGAAUGUGGAACGUUUGGAAGCAUUAAUAAAUACAGGAGUUCAUAUCAACUUUCAAGCAAGUCAGCACAAAUAUAAAGUAACCCCAUUAAUGAUAGCAGCUAGUAGAGGCCUUUUAGAGGUUGUGAGGUUACUGAUACAGAAAGGAGCUAAAAUAGACCAGUUAGACAAUUUUAAGAGACCAGCUUUGAUGUAUAGUGUAUUCAGCUGUAGUUUGCCUGUUGUUUAUUAUCUUAUACUACACGGAUCAGAUGUUAACAAAGUGGACAGUUCUGGAUGUAACUCAAUACAUUAUGCUGCAAUAUGUGGGCAUCUUCAGAUUUUAAAGUUGCUAUUUCAGGAAGGAGGUGCUAGCAGAUACAUUCCUAGUCAGAUCAAUAUGGGUAGUCCACUUAUGAUUGCAAGAACAAGAGGUCACCAAGAUAUAGUAGAUUUUCUUAUGAAAGAUGAUGCAUUCGACAGAAAUCCUACAACAAAUAACGCUCUACCUAGUGCUCCUCCAAUUGACUCUGAAACGUCACAUGGUCAUGUGGAAGGAAAUGUACCAGCUCUACCUAGUGCCCCUCCCAAUGACGAUGGAAUGUCUCAUGGUCAUAUAGAAGAAAAUGUACCAGCUCUACCUAGUGCCCCUCCUAAUGACACGGGAAUGUCAAAUGGUCAUGAUGAAGGAAAUGUACCAAGUAUGACGAGACCAACUGCACCAACAUACUUAGAAAUAUCACAGACAGCACUGACUGCACCAGUUCAUGAUGGAAUUACGCCAUCAGAGUUGCCAACAUAUGAUCAAGUUGUUUCUCCUAGAAUGCCACAGGGAGCAUGGGGUGGUCAGAAUGUGCCAACUGCCAGUUUACUUGUCCCUGGUUAUUUGCCACCACCCCCUACAUACCACGAAGCAAUAACCAACAAAGUAACUUAUGGAAUAACUCCCUGGAUUGGCGAAGAAGAAUCUAAUUCAUCACAUAAUGCCCAGAAACAGGAGAGAUUUGAUAGGUUUAUGAGAAGAUUUGAUGAGUUGAUGAACUUUGUAGCCAGCAUGUCAAGAGAAAUAGAAGAUGACUGUACCCCUCCAGAGUUAAAUGUAGCUGUAACCUUAGUUAAAACACAUUUUGAAAGAAAGGUGAAGAUAGAGAAAAAUUUUCACAGAUUCAGAGAACAUCAUAAUGAAUAUAUCACCAGUGGCAGAUAUAAUAUAGAUGAUAUAAAGGAAAAAUUGGAUGCUGUUGCAGAAGAAGAGAUUAACAUGAUGAAAAUGUUUACUGUUUACAUGUAUGAAUAUGAUAUAUGUGUGAAAUGUCACAGAAUGUGGAUAACAAUAGAUACCUUACUAGAAAAAGUAGUAAAAUUUGAGGACUAUUUCACCCGUAUAGUCCUGGGUAAAACAGGUAAUGCACUAAUGGGACAGAGACAACAUAUAGCUGAACUGGAUGACCAUCUUAGUUCAUUGAAAAAUGAAGAAAAGUUAUUAAAUGAAGAUUUUCAACAAAUUAACCGAAUCUUGGAUUAUAAAACUAGGAAAAUAGACUUUGAUGUUGUGUUAUCACAAAUAAGUAGUCAGCUUCAUGAGGCGGCAGACUAUUUUGAAGAUAUACAGAAGAAAUUCAAAGAAAAGCAAUUGCUGUUUGAAGCUAAAAUAAAAGCAUUCACUCAAAAUAAGACAUGGGUUCAUGGAUAUUUCUGCACCACUGCUGAAACAGGUUUUUGUGAUCAAAUUCAGAUGUGCAUAGAUAGUGGUGUUGACAUAAAUUUACCAAAUCAGAAGGGGAUGGCACCAUUACAUAUAGCAGCAUCAAAAGGUCAUCUUAAUUUUGUCAGAGAACUUUUGGAUCGCAGAGCUGACAUCAACUCAGAAACAACAUAUGGUUCUUCAGUGUUGUGUGAGGCUGCAAAACAAAAACAGAUAGAUGUGGUCAAACUUUUACUGGAUCGAGGAGCUGAAAUAUCAGCAAAAUAUAAAAUGACUGGAAAAUCAGCUUUACAUAUAGCUUGCCUAAACGGAUAUUGGGAUAUUGUGAAAUUAAUGGUGGAAAAAGAUAAAUCAGUUAUAAAUGAUGCACCAAUUAAUGGAAAUACACCUUUACAUUAUGCAGCUGAAGAAGGAAAUAUAACUAUGAUGAACUAUUUGCUAGAUAAUGGUGCAGAUGAAAAUUUACUUAAAAAUUUUAAUGGUGAAUUUCCUUAUGAGGAGGAUAUUGUUAAGUGUUUAUGUAUUAAUCAAUUAGAAGAUAAGGAUGAUGCUGAUUCUGGCGGUGCAAGAGGAACCUCUGUAAGCCAUGAUAGCAAUACCCACCAAAGUUCAAAAGGUGCAGUGGGGCAAACAAAACCUGUAUCUUCACUUCUAAGUUCCAGUCCUCUGAAAUCAGAAGAAGUGAUUCAUAAAGGAAUACUACAAAGGAAACAUGAUAUGAAAAGUAAUACUGUGAAGUCUCUUGCAAGGAACUGGGUUCCAAUGUAUGGUACACUUAGAGGACAUGAGAUGUAUUGCAGGUCUUAUGAGAUAGGUGACUUGGGAAUAUAUGAAAAACUGCAGUUACCUCAUCAUCCAGUUAUAUCAUUGAAAAAUGCUUAUGUACAUCAUGUAGAUAAUUAUAAAAAGAAAAAAUAUGUGUUCAGAAUUAUACUGGAAAAUGGUGGCGUGUUCUUGUUUAGGACGCAUAGUCUGGAUAAUAUGAAGUUAUGGUUGAAAAAAAUUCAGGAAUCUAUAGAUUUUUCAUGUAUCAACAGUGGAGAUCAUAAAAUUAAAAAGACGAAUUAGCAUUGUGAAGGACAGAUCAUAAGAAUAUAAUACCAUAUCAUAGAUAGAGUAAUGACAAGAAUCGAUCCAUGCAUAUCCUGGUCAACGUUUCAUGUGGUAUUAGAACAGUGAAUCUGGUAGUGUUCAUAUUUAUCUACACAUAAUCUUGUUAGAUGUUUUACACAUAGCAAUUUGCCUUUUCAGAAUCUAGAGGACUAUGGGUAAUCUCAUUGUACGUACACCAAAAUGAAAAUAACAUUACGGCAUUGGUUGAAUUUCUCUUUUGUUUAUCAUGUUUUAAACCAAUUAAAAUGUUUUGGUGUAUGCUUUUGAAAAUUUUACCAAGAAUGCUUUUGAUAAUGAAACGGCAAAUUAACAGUAUUGUUGACAAUGAAUAAAGAUCAUGUACAAGUUAAUGCUCAAAGUUGGACUUUUUUAUUGUCAUACAAAUGUACAAUCAAAUGUACACUUUGUCAGGGUAUCUAAACUUUAUGAUAUUUGUUGUUGUUCAUCUCAGUUUGUAUGUUUUCUUUUUCUAGAGGGAGUAAGUUAUUUUUGGUGCCUUGAUAUACAAAUCAGGGUACAAACAUCCAGCUAGGGUUAAAAUUAAUCCUAAUCAUAAAUUGAAUUAUGCAAAAAUCCCUAUUCAUUUUUAUAUUUCAUUAAAAAAAUCACAAACCAUUUGUAUAUUUUCUUGUCUAUCAUGACAUUUAGUUAGAUGUCAGUCACAUGGUAUCAUUUAUAGUAUUCAACAAAAUGUUCAGAGCACAAUUGUUAUAGACUUCUUAACUGAAGAAGAACAAUUUACCCAUUGACAUAUAGUUCCAGCCAUUGUUUUAUUACCUCUGUGAAAUACAUCACGUCGAUAUAUAUUUUAUUGGACAUUUCAAAAAGUGACCCAUGUAUACCUUUAUGUAGAAAGAGCCUCCCCUUGUGGUUGUACUGUUCAAUAUUUUUGAAAAUUCCAGUUAUCCUUUUUAUGUAUAACUUCUUUUCUGAAAGAAAUUGGUUAUGAUGUUUCAAAGUAGAUCAGUUUUCUGUUACAAUGUAUCAGUAAUAAGGAAUGGGAAUACAUUGUUUUACUUUAUAUAUUUUUUAACUUUUAUUAUUUUUUAUAUAUCUUCAAUUUUUCACUGCUGGAUCGUUAGUUUUUGCUUACUUUGUCAUGAUAUAAAGCAGGGAAAUCUGGGAACAGUAUAUCUAACUAAUAUAUAUGUUCCUGGGGAAAUGCAUAUGAAAAACAUAUAUUUUUAUACAUAAAACUCAAUAUAUCUGUGAUAUUUACAAUGUACUAUUUCUUUAUUUUCUUGUUGAAUUUUUUUAAAUUGUUACUUUUGAUAUAUGUAUUUUUUAUGAAUGUUUGUUUUAUGAUGCCUUUACCUUUUACAAAAGAAAGAGUGAAAAUUUAUAAUUUUUCUUCAUGUUUUACAAAAUCUGCAUAAAAUAUGUAGUUCACCCAAUACUUUAGUGAAAUUUUCGUGGAAAUCUUAAAUUUGAGGUUUCCAAAAUUUUGCAUCUAACACCACAUAUCUAAUAUACAUCUACUUGCAUUUUUUUUUACAGUAUUUAAUACUCUUUAUGAAUUGUUUUUUUAAAACUUUAUUUAUGCUAUACAUGUAUUCUAUAAUGAAGAGUUUGUUAUUUAUGAUGCUUGUGCCUUUUAACAAUAAAAACAUAGAAAAUUGUG